AUGGCUCGACUUAUUACCCAGCUGCUGCCCCUGUUCCUGGCCGCUAGCCAAGUGCUGGCACUCCCAGCGCCAUCAUCGUCCGAUCUGGAGCGGCGAAACUGGCCAGAUGUCACCGAGUUUGUGUCCAAGGUCGCGUCUCUGUUCCCUGUCAAUGUUGCCAUCAAGGACGUGUGCGGUGUCCUUACGGCCGGCGAGCUCUUCCUAGCCACGACCUUUGGGAUCCCGACCACGGAAAACGAUGCCUGCGGCGACGUCACGCUCAUGUUUGCCCGGGGGACCUGCGACCCCGGCAACGUUGGCGUUCUUACGGGGCCUUUUUUCUUCAAGGCCCUCGAGGAGAAAUUGCAAGGAUCUGGUCGCUCGCUUGGUGUUCAGGGCGUGGCGUAUCCUGCGAGCGUCGAUGGAUACCUCACAGGAUCUCCGGGCAACGGCGAGAACUUCGCACACGCAAUCCGAGACGUCGCGACAAAGUGUCCCAGCACGAAGAUUGUACUCAGCGGAUAUUCGCAGGGCGGAAUGGUGGUGCACGGCGCCACAACCAACCUCGAUGCGAGCGUCAUGUCUAGGGUCAGCGCCGUGGUCAUUUUUGGCGACCCGUAUGCGAAACGGGCUGUGGAUAACAUUGAUGCGUCCAAGGUGCACGUCAUAUGCCACGAAGGAGACAAUAUCUGCGAUAACGGCCCCAUCAUCCUACCUCAGCACCUGACGUAUGCGCUGGACGCUGAUUCUGCGGCCGAUUUCGUCGUUUCAAAAGUCUGA